AUGUCAUCAAAUACCAUGGCUUACGUGUUUCUCGCAUCUCCCCUUUUCGUCCCUCCUGCUCCUCUCCUCGCUGUCCUUGCGCAGGGUCGUUUGGCAUCCCAGAGAACCGCUCUCAACUUCGCUCGGACUCCCAGCCCGCAGCCCCAGCAGAUUGUGCCGAGGCGCUCUCAGCAGACGGUGCCGAGACGUCCCUCCGUAUCAAAUCUACAGCAGCAGCAGCAGCAACAGCAGCAGCAGGAGCAGGAGCAGGCCAUGCCACCAAGGGUGGCGGCGCCUUUAGUAAGAGAAGCUGCAGCACGGUUGAGAGAGGGAGGGGAUGGAGGAGAGGUUGGAGGAGACGAGGCACGUGCAGCAGACGCAGGGAAUGCAGCAGAAGCGGCGAGUGCAGAAGAAGCAGGGAAAACAGAAGAGGCGGCGAAUGCAGCAGGAGGCGUGGGAACGGAGAGGAGGAGGAGGAGGAAGUCAGAGGAAGGCGGGUCGAUGGUGGUCACUCUGAGACUGAGAGGCGGUCGACAGGAGAGACAAGGUGCUGGUGCUCCUGGGAUUCCGUUUCAGCAGCAGCAGCAGUCGCGGCAGCAGCAGCUUCAAUGUGGGUUGCAGGAUCAGCAGGAAAAGCAGGAGCAGCUGCAGCAAUUGGAGCCUGGUUCUCUGCCUCGGGUGGACGUGUCAGGGCUUCAGGCGAUAGGGGCGAGGCGGAAACGGGAAGGGAGGAGGAAGGGCCGCGGGGAGGAGGCGCAGGGGGAAUUUGAGGGGAGGUUUGAGAAGAGGGUUGAGGGGAUAACUGCAAGUGUGGCGGAAGGUAAGUGUGAAGAAGGGGAGGGGAAAGAGGGGAGGGGCGUUCGUGCUGGUGUUGAUCCUGCUGCCCCUCCUGCUGCUGCUCUCCCUUCCACUCUCUCAACUCCUUCGUCCCUCCUAGGGGAUUCCCCAGCAGCCGCAGCAAGGAAGCGGCAGCAGCAGAGACGGCAGCAGCAGCUCCAGGAGGUGCGGUAUGGGUUACCCGAAGCAGACUGUAACGAGGAUGAGAAGUUUUCUAGAGGCGCUGACAUCAGCACUAGGGCGGCUGAGGUUGGUGGGGAGGGGAAAGCAGGCGGAAAGUCUGAUGGGGGCAUUGAGUUGGAUGAAGGUGGGGUUGAUAGUUCAUUUGAAGGGGAACAGAGGCAGCAGAGAGAGCAGAGGCAGCAUAGGAAGCAUAGGGAGCAUCCGAAGCAGAGGGAGCAGCGGGAGCAGAAGGAAAUGACGGGAAGCAGGAGACGGGGCCGAGGAGGCAGGAGAGGCAAAGGGGGACGCCAGAGUAACCAGGAGUAG